AUGCACACUCACGGCAUCAUGGCCAGUACUCAGGAGCGCCUGAGCUUGUCUUCCUCUCCAAACUCGAUUGGCAAAGCUUUCUGUGAAGACAAAGACUUUGGUAGGUUGCAUGAUGAACAUGCACCUACUGGAAACCACCCGUCCCCCGAGCUCAUAGAGGAUGUGCGUGAGAAGGGCUUGCUGCCGGCAGACCUCAUCGAAAACAUGAGCAGCCCGGUCACUGCAGCAGUGCUGACCAGCAUCAGCGAGGACUCUAGGGACCAAUUUGAGAACAGCGUGCUGCAGCUGCGAGAGCAGGAUGAGUCGGAAACAGCCAUUCCUCAGGGCAACAGGAACACUAUGGAUGGAGAGAGCAACAGUGGAGCGGAUGAUGUUAAAGUCCAGUUCAACAGAUCAGGCAGUGGGAGUGGUGGGUUUCUCGAGGGACUUUUUGGUUGUCUGAGGCCCGUGUGGAACAUCAUAGGCAAGGCAUACUCCACAGACUACAAACUGCAACAGCAGGAUACAUGGGAGGUCCCAUUCGAGGAGAUCUCGGAGCUGCAGUGGCUGGGCAGCGGUGCACAGGGAGCCGUCUUCCUCGGCAAAUUCCGGGCGGAGGAGGUGGCCAUCAAGAAAGUGAGAGAUCAGAACGAAACAGACAUCAAGCACUUGCGGAAACUCAAACAUCCUAACAUCAUUGCGUUCAAGGGAGUUUGCACUCAGGCCCCGUGCUACUGCAUUAUCAUGGAGUACUGUGCCCACGGACAGCUCUACGAAGUCCUGCGAGCAGGGAGGAAAGUCACCCCUCGGCUGCUUGUGGAUUGGUCCACAGGGAUUGCAAGUGGGAUGAAUUAUCUGCACCUUCACAAAAUCAUCCACCGAGACCUCAAGUCACCAAAUGUUUUAGUUACACACACAGAUGCAGUAAAAAUUUCAGAUUUUGGUACAUCUAAAGAGCUCAGUGAUAAAAGUACCAAAAUGUCUUUUGCGGGAACUGUGGCUUGGAUGGCCCCAGAGGUGAUACGCAAUGAGCCUGUCUCUGAAAAGGUGGAUAUCUGGUCAUUUGGGGUAGUUUUGUGGGAGCUGCUUACAGGAGAGAUUCCCUACAAGGACGUGGACUCUUCAGCCAUCAUUUGGGGAGUGGGCAGUAACAGCCUGCACCUUCCUGUCCCUUCUACCUGCCCAGAUGGCUUCAAAAUCCUCAUGAAGCAGACCUGGCAGAGCAAGCCUCGGAAUCGUCCGUCCUUCAGGCAGACACUGAUGCACCUGGAUAUCGCAUCUGCUGAUGUGCUGGCUACUCCUCAGGAAACGUAUUUCAAAUCACAGGCUGAAUGGAGAGAAGAAGUGAAGAAACAUUUUGAGAAAAUUAAAAGUGAAGGAACUUGUAUUCACCGGCUAGAUGAAGAAUUGAUCCGCCGUCGAAGAGAAGAGCUGAGACAUGCUUUGGAUAUCCGUGAACAUUAUGAGAGGAAGUUGGAGCGAGCCAAUAACUUAUACAUGGAGCUCAGCGCUAUUAUGCUGCAGCUGGAGGUCCGUGAGAAGGAGCUCAUAAAGAGGGAACAAGCGGUGGAAAAGAAAUACCCUGGGACUUACAAACGCCACCCAGUCAGACCAAUAAUCCACCCCAAUACAGUGGAAAAGCUAAUGAAGAGGAAAGGAGUCUCGCAUAAACCAGGCAGCCAAACUAAACGGUAAGAAGUAAGAGCUGAGUUCUGUGCCAGGAAUGAGCAGUAG